AUGGCGUCGUUAGUAAUGUUUGUGUUGGUGGUUCUAAUCACUAUUUCCAUGGAUAUGAGGGCCUCUCAAGCUACAUCUCGUAUCACAUUGCACGAGCCAUCCAUUGUUGAUUACCACCAGCAAUGGAUGAUUCAAUUCUCUCGAGUUUACAAGGAUGAAUUCGAGAAACAAAGGAGGCUUGAAGUGUUCAAGAAAAACUUGAAAUCCAUUGAGAACUUCAAUAAUAUGGGGAACCAAAGCUACAAACUUGGCGUCAACGAGUUCACAGAUUUGACAGAAGAAGAGUUCUUUGCCACCCACACCGGUCUCGGAGGCAUUAACGUAACUUCACUAUCAAAACAGCUGCUGGUUAAUGAAACGAUGUUAUCUAAGAAUUGGAACGAUAGUUAUAUCGACGGUAAGAGCAAAGACUGGAGAACUGAAGGAGCUGUAACCCCUGUUAAAAGUCAAGGAGCAUGUGGAAGUUGUUGGGCUUUCUCAGCGAUUGCAGCGGCGGAAGGUUUAACAAAGAUUAUCGGCAAAAAACUUGUGUCACUGUCGGAACAACAACUUAUAGAUUGCGACACAGUUAGCGCUGGUUGCAAGGCGGGACAGUCCUUUGACGCUUUCCAAUACAUAGUCAAAAGCAAAGGCAUUGCUUCAGAAGCAGAAUACCCUUACAAAGCGAAAGAGGGGAGCUGCCGUUCCGACAUAAGACCCGCGCCAGGCACACAGAUCAAAGGGUUCCAACAGGUUCCAAGCAACAACGAGCGUGCGUUGCUCGAGGCCGUAUCAAGACAGCCCGUCACGGUGUACAUUGACGCCAGGAUGACCGGUUUUGGGAAUUACAAAGAGGGAGUGUUUGCGUACACUGCACGAAACUGUCAGGAGAAGGUAACUCAUGCUGUGACGUUCGUAGGAUAUGGGACUAGCAAUGGGAUAAACUACUGGUUGACUAAGAACUCUUGGGGUGAGACUUGGGGAGAAAAGGGUUACAUCAGGAUUCGUAGAGAUGUGGAGCUGCCUCAAGGCAUGUGUAAUAUAGCUCAGUGGGCUUAUUAUCCGGUUAUGUAA